UUAAAAUAUAAAAACGAUACAAAGCUUUAAAAGCAUUUAGUAAUUUCGAAAACGUUGAAGUGGUCAGCUCGAAAAUAGUGCAAUCAUCAAGAUGAAAACUUUUUCCAUGAUUUUCGGACUCUGCAUAGCAGGAAUUUUGGCUGAAUCCACAGAUCCAAAAAGGAGUGACUGGGAGGUUGAUAGAGAUGACUGUAUAAAGGAAAGUGGUAUUGAGCCAGUAAAAAUUAUUUCAGUUGUAGUGGAGAAGAUUGCAUACGGACACUUCGUUGAGAAUGAUGAAAAGCAGGGAUGUUUCGCAGCUUGUAUGGCGAAAAAGAAAGGAUUGAUGAAUUCUGAUGGUUCAAUCAAUGAAAGUAAGCUCAAUGUUCGGGGCUCUGUUAGCAAGGAACGAGCUGAUGUGAUUAUUAACAAGUGUAAAGUUAUUAAGGGAGCUGACGAUUGCGAGACCGCAAGAAAAGUAAUAAACUGCAUGUAUGAAGAGGAUGGCUGGUACUUUUCGACAAUAUUAUUAUGGUCCGAAAAAAAACUUAGAGUUGUAUAAUUCAACAACCCCGCCGGAUUAUCCCUUGGAAAGAAUUAAAUUUCCUAUUGCCAUCUACUAUGGGUCGAGUGAUUAUUUAGCAACACCAAAGGAUAUAGCUGCACUUAUAAAAAAGCUUCCGAAUGUAGUCGAAAAUUAUCUCGUCUCUGGAAAGAAAUUAAAUCAUCAUGAUUUUGUGUUUGGUCGAAAUAUCAGACAACUUGUUUACGAUCGCGCCCUGUCCUUGAUGGAAAAAUACAAUUAACAAUAUUAGGGGCAGAAAAUAGUUUAUAGACCUCGAAAUA